AUGGGUGUUAAUAAAACAUACAUUAGCAUCGGUUAUGCGUCGUUUGGUAUGCUCAUGGGGUUCUCUGCAUUCCUGGUGUGGAACAUCGCGUUCAAGCAGCCGUGGACCGCAGCCAUGGGAGGGCUAUCAGGCGUGCUGGCGCUCUGGACCUUGAUCACCCACAUAAUGUACCUCCAGGAUUACUGGCGGACCUGGUUAAAGGGCCUCAAGUUCUUCUUCUGCAUCGGAGUUUUCUUCUCCCUGUUGGCAGUAGUCGCCUUCUUUACCUUCCUGUCCAUUGCUAUCAACACCAAAGCAAAACUGACUGAUCCCAGCAGUCUGUACCUGUCCUGUGUGUGGAGUUUCAUGAGCCUGAAGUGGUCGUUCCUGCUCGCCCUGUCCGCUCACCGCUACCGCAAAGAGUUCGCAGACAUCAGCAUCCUCAGUGACUUCUAAGUGCACCAUCAUGUCCCACAGUGACUACACAGACUCUUCAGUACACUCAUUACACAGGCGUCUGACCUGAGAGUGUCACAGUGUGUGAGGGAUGGAAGAGGACGAAGGGAAAUCAACAGAGACUUUAAAAAUGUCUUGCGUCGUGGAUGAUCAUCCCAAUACCCCCGUACUUUCUUGGCCAGUGUUUCUCCUCGGUGCUCCUGACUUUGUCACUUCACAGACAAACAUCCAGGCCUGUUUUUAUGACAGAUUUCAGUCGUACAUUUUCACUUCUUUAGCAUCCUGCUUAGUCAUGCAUCUGCACAACUUCACCAUGAGAGAAAAAUCCCACAGUACAAGUAAUCCUAGAAUUACUCCAUGAAUAGAAUAGCUGUUUCCUCAGUGGUAGUUAUGUUGCAGUUUCACUCUGUGUCCACUAGAGGGUGUCACUCUUCCAACAAUGAUACUCAGUGUUCAGUAUACGUUUUUGACAACCCGACUUUGUGGUAUUACAUCUGUUUUCUCUAUUUGUAUCUCUUUCAACAAAUGUUGCAUAGCCUUACAACACAUAAAUGUUUUCUGUCUCUAUCACAAGUUGCACAUACUGAAAAAAAAAAAUCUAUCAACUGGCAAUGAACUCCAACAUUGUUUCACGUUUUCCAGGGUCUUGCACAGGCCUGCAGCAUCAACGGGAAUGCUUUCAUGUGCAAUUGAAAAGAAGCACCACAUGUUCUUGCUCAGUGUAUUUUUCAACACAUAACGGGCAUUUUAAAUGAAAUGAAUGAUUUUUUUUUUGUAAUGUUUUUACCAAUGACAACUGUGAUAAGUGUGAAAAAGGUUAAAAAAUAUCUCGGUAUCGGCUUUAAAUUGCAGCAGCAGUGAGCUCACCAAUGCAUCUCGAAGUCGUCAUGUUCUUAUGAUGUCCUCGUUCAAACCAGUAACGCCAUUUAUAUCAUUUCUUACUGAGAUUAUUUUGCUUUGAAUCCUUUAAAUGUUAAUCUCUUUACACUAUUAUGUUAAAAAUGAAGUGCAGCAUUGUGUAUCUCCCUGUAUCACUUGCCUCCUGAAUGUAGGAAUGUGUGUUUGUAGAGUGUAAGUGUGUGUGUGAGAAUCAUGCUAAUAAAUGUCUUUUUGACAUCC